CACCAGGUAUUUCGAUAGAUGAAAUUCGUCCUAAUGCAUAUACGGAAGAGACUGGGCUCGAUCCCUGGAUAAAAUCUGAAACUUCAGUUUUUGAGAAACCAGAAAUUAAUUCGAAGCUGUUAGAUGAGAUUACUGAACUUAGAAAGGAGAAUAUCAAAAUUAAAACCGAGAAUACAGAGUUAAAACAGGAUUUAGAUGAAUUUAAAAAGGAACUAGAGUUUAAGAAAAAUCGUAAAUUUCAGGAAAAAUGUAUCCUAAUAGCUCAAGUAUUACUUGGGGAAAAGCCGGUACAAGGGGCUCAACAUCGGCUUCAUAGCACUAGCUGGUAUAAGGAUGUCAAAAAACUUGAGGAUGUUGUAAAUCGUGAUCGGAAAAAAAGAUGUAUAUGUCAAGAUAACGGAAUUUUCUUACUUGAGAAGGUGACUCAAAGCGUAAACCGUCGUACACUACCAGAAGCUCUAAUAGCGAGACAUCAAGCUCAACUUCAAGAGCCAGUUCAAUUAGUUCAAGAGCCAGCUCAAUUACAACACCACGAUGCUUCUAAAUCGGAUGAUGUCUUGACAAAAUUUCGAGAAUUAUGGUGGAUUCAAGGGAAUAUUCACCCCAAAGCACAUUGGGACGAAGCUUCUGAUGUUGAUUGGGAGAAAUACACAGAGCGAACUGACUUCUUUAAUGUACAUGGAAAUUGGGAGUGGAUAGAUGGGAAUGUUUGCGUUUAUGAAUUGCCUUUAGGACCUCAUGGGACUUGUUCUAGAGCAAUUGAAAGAUUGAUUAGUUCAAAAGAUCCAGAAAUGAUGCUUGUUAGUUUAGGAGAUUCGCGAACAAGGGUUGGCGGUAGGGGAAAAGAAGCAGAUGAGUCUUUUGUACCAUUUGACAAACCUGAAAUAAAUUCAAAUGGACGUGAAGGCCCUAAUUCUCAUAAACCGUGGCCCAAUCUUGUAAUAGAAGUCGCCUUCUCAGAAACUGAAGACCAUUUAUUAAAUGCAGUAAAAGAUUAUUGGCUCUAUCAAGGUAGAGCUCAUGACGCAAUUGCAGUAAAAUUAGUACGAUCUGAUACAAUUAUUUCAAAAAUUAAAGUAUGGCAUUUUUGCACAGAUGACAGGACACCAAUGGGGGACUUAGUACCAGUUUCGGAAUUUGAGUUUGAAACCAUUGACGAUAAUGAUCAAUUUCUUAUUGAGCCUCAACAAUACACGAUUAAUAUUAGAAUAGAAUGUCUUUUUCAUGGAAUGCCACCAACUUUCCAAACACCUUCAUCAAUUCCUAAUCCUCUUACU